AUGGAUUCUGGAAUCUACACCAUCUACCUUCGUCAGGCUGGCGGCAAGAGCAACUACAAUGCCCGAAUUCCUGUGUUCUGCCGUGUGGAGGACGGCCGGGCCUGGACCGUCAUCCAGAGGCGCCAGGGCGGGUCUGUGAACUUCUACAACCGGAUCUGGGAGGACUACAGCCGGGGCUUCGGCAACCUUUGGAGGGAGGUCUGGCUCGGAAACGACAAAAUCCAUCUACUGACAAACCAGGGCGACUCACAGAAGAUCAUCUUCCCCGGUCCAAGAGGCAUUGUUGACUAUGCCAGGAUGGAGACAAUAUUGUCUGAGGACUUAACAAGCUUUACCCUCUGUGUGCACAUGCGCUCCAACAUGGAUUCCAGCAACGAUAUAAACUUGGUCAGCUACGCAGUACCAGAACACGACAACGAGCUUCUCUUAAAUGUUGAAGGUGGAUUUUUAUUAUUCUUACAAAGCGAAAUCCACAUGGCAGACCCACCCGUUUGGGACGGCGAGUGGCACACCAUAUGUACUACCUGGAGCAACAGUGAUGGGGCCUGGCAGCUGUACGCUGACGGCGUGCUGACGGCUUCAGGGUCCGGGUUUAGAAUGGGAGGGAGGGUGCGUACAGGCGGCACGUGGAUUCUCGGUCAGGAUCAAGACGUAGUCGGGGGAGAAUUCGAAGCACACCAGUCAUUCAUCGGAGAGCUGUCGGGAGUAAACCUCUGGGACCGCGUGUUGUCUCCAGCCGAAACAGGAGUGGACUGUAGUUACCAUGGCAAUGUGAUUGACUGGGAUACAACUAACAUUACAGUCUUCGGACAGGCCAGCAGGGCUGAGUAUCAAUGUGGUAAGUAG